UUUGAAACACUCUCAAAACUUUCUCUUUUACUUACUGUAAUAGUGUAAAUUGCUUAACCCUUCAAGGUUUAAACCCAAACAAAAGUCGUAUUCCUCCACCGCCACCGCCCAUUCCUCUGUGGUCACCGCCAUAAACGUUUUGGUUGCAGACGCAAUCGUCAACUCAACAUCCAAUUCCCUGGGCUUUCAGAUUCAUGUUAAACAAUACUGAAGAAAAGUAUUUGGCCAUGGUAAAGAAUUGCGUGUUAAGCAUUGAUCUUAGAAUUUGGAAUUUGAACUGGUUUUAAAAAAAAAACUGGUUUUUAGAAAAACCGAUUUAAAACUGGUUUUUAUGAGAAACCGGUUUAAAACUGAACCGAUCCACAUGUAAACUGGUUUUAAAAAAUUAAACCGGUUUUGAUAAAAUAGUUUUAAGAUCCAAACCAAACCAUAUAUAUGGUUUGGUUUGGUUUAGUUAUUGAUCCAUGAACACCCCUAGCUAUUCCAUUUCUUCUCAACAAUAGAAGUAAGAGAUAAAACCCUAGGACGGGUGAAUAAUAGAAUCAGAUGGAGAGAAUUCCAAAGACGGAGGAGAUUUUAUUCAAUCAUUGCCUGCCAAUCAUUGAUGGGAUCACUUCCUUAAGCAGCGUAGCCUUCGUAAUUUCUGUUAGGUAUCUUUCCCCUAAGGUUCACUCUUGUUUCUGCCAUUUUUCGCGCCUAUUGCCUGUCAUCCUCAAUUGGCAAGAGAAUUUGGUCCUCCUUCCGAUUGUGCCACACGAUGCCUUCAUUUCUAAUCAUAACAGACACCCCCACUUUUAUGUUUUGAGAUGAAGAAACUAAAAAGAAGACGCGAUUGACAAAAAGAAACCCAUUUUAACAGUUAGUUAAAACCCUAAAACAACAAAAUUCAGAUUUUUCCUUGAAUGAGAAACAAGUUUGAGUCGCACUGAAUUCAAUUUGCUGGAUAAACUCAAGCUUAGUUGGCCGUUGACCACCAAAAACAGUGAAAAGGAGAAGAAUGGAGGGUGAGUUGGUGCAGCAGCCGCAGCAGCAGCAGGAGAGAUUGAAUCAGGCAGUGCAGCAGCAGCUAAACCUAGAACAAGUAAAGACGCGUGCUAUCAGCCUGUUUAAAGCCAUAUCGAGGAUUUUGGAAGAUUUUGAUGCCUAUGGUCGUACCAACACCACUCCCAAAUGGCAAGAUAUUCUUGGUCAAUAUUCUAUGGUCAACCUCGAGCUCUUCAACAUUGUUGAUGACAUCAAGAAGGUCUCCAAGGCAUUCAUAGUCUAUCCCAAGAAUGUCAAUGCCGAUAAUGCGACAAUACUCCCUGUUAUGCUAUCCACAAAACUACUCCCUGAAAUGGAGACGGAGGACACCUCCAAGAGAGAUCAGUUGCUUCAGGGGAUGCAGAACCUCCCAAUUGCCACUCAAAUUGACAAGUUGAAGGCUAGAAUUGAUAUGAUUGCCGCAGCCUGUGAAGGUGCUGAAAAGGUAUUAGCAGACACUCGUAAAGCUUACUGCUUUGGAACUCGUCAAGGCCCUUCUAUUGCCCCCACUCUCGACAAGGGUCAGGCUGCCAAAAUUCAAGAACAGGAAAAUCUACUCCGAGCCGCCGUCAACGUUGGUGAAGGAUUACGGCUACCUGUAGACCAGAGGCAUAUAACUUCUUCGCUUCCGAUGCAUUUGGCCGAUGCAUUCACUGUCAACGAGACUGCACAACCUUUUCCUGAUGGGUCUAACAAUAAUGUAUAUAUGAAGAAUACCCCACUGUCAUCAAAUAAUAUGGGAGGCCAGAAUACGAUGUUACAGACGACAGGACCACAACUUUUGGGAAGAUCAGCUGCAUCUCCUUCUGCUGCAACAAGUGCCACUUCAUUUGACAAUACAACAGCUUCACCAAUUCCAUAUGCCAAUUCACCGAGGUCUUCUACAAAUAUGAUGAAUACGCCAUCUCCUCAGCAGCAAACCUCACAAAUGCAACAACAACAGCCAACAGCACAGCAACAGCAACAGCAACGGCAGAAACUGAUGCAGCAGUUACCUCAACAGCAGCAACAGCAACUUCUUGCUCAGCAGCAGCAACAGUUCAGGCAAUCUGCAAUGCAAGGAAUGGGGCAGAUGCAAGGGCAACAUCAGAUGCAAUUUUCUCCACAACUUGGGCAUCAGCAAUUUCAAAGUAGGCAGCAGCUUUCGUCGGCGCAUAUGCAGCAUAGCCUUGGUCAAAACCAACUCAAUCAAGGAAAUCAGAUGACUCGUUUAAGCCAGUUUUCCGGUCAUGCUAACAAUGCAUUAUUCAGUGCUGCUCAAACAACACCAAAUACCCAGAUGAUUCCCAACAUUUCAGCCGGUAUAUCUUCACAGUCUCAUCUGCCACGGAUGCAGUACGGAUUAUCCGGAAACAAUCCUCAGCGAAGUCAUCCUUCCCAAAUGUUGAGUGAUCAAAUGUUCAACAUGGGAAGUGGCAACCAGGGCGGUAUGAUGUCCUUACAACAGCAGCAGCAGCAACAACAACACAAUUCACAAGGUUCAUUUGGUGGCAUGGCAUCAAAUGCUCAGAAUCUACAAUCUGGUAUGAUGACACUUCAGAACGCACAACAGAAUCAUCCCAAUUUCUCUCAACAGAGACAACAAAAUCAACAGUGAUAGAACUGGGCAUGGUUGGAUUCGGUAUAGGAUAAAUUAUCAAACCAUGUUGCUCUAAAAACAUGAUUCACAAAAACAGAAGCAAAGUGUUUUGUUGUUGUCUUUGUUCUCUUGGAUUGCCAAACUGUUACGAUUUUUGUAAAAUAGAACUCAACUAGAAAAAUAUAGGAUUCUUUUUGGGAUUCUGAAAAGGAUAGACGAGAUAAGAUUUAUGCAGAUUAGAGUUUCAUCUGUUUUUA